GUUCAAGGUCCUCCGCGCGCGACUACGCUCAUAAAAGGAAAAAAAAAACGUGUGCGGUUCUCGACGUGCCGCCAAUCUUCGAACGCAGGUCCGUGAUCAUCCGCAGACUCCAAAAAAGCGUUCAAGGAACGUGCCAGCUUCCCCCGUCGCAGUUUCCAGCCCGAAGACCUUGUUUUCUGCGAGACUCGGCGCCCCUGUAGACAAUGGCCCUCGUGUCUGCCGAUUCCCGCAUUGCAGAACUUCUCACGGAGCUCCAUCAGCUGAUCAAGCAAACCCAGGAAGAGCGUUCGCGGAGCGAACACAACUUAGUGAACAUCCAGAAGACCCAUGAGCGGAUGCAGACAGAGAACAAGAUUUCUCCCUAUUACCGGACAAAGCUGCGUGGCCUCUACACAACCGCCAAGGCCGAUGCAGAGGCUGAGUGCAACAUCCUUCGGAAAGCUCUGGACAAGAUCGCGGAAAUCAAGUCUCUGUUGGAGGAGAGGCGGAUUGUGGCCAAGAUCUCAGGUCUCUACAAUGACUCGGAGCCACCCCGGAAGACCAUGCGCAGAGGGGUGCUGAUGACCCUGCUGCAGCAGUCGGCUAUGACCCUGCCCCUGUGGAUCGGGAAGCCCGGUGACAAGCCCCCACCCCUCUGUGGGGCCAUCCCCGCCUCAGGGGACUACGUGGCCAGACCUGGAGAUAAGGUGGCUGCCCGGGUGAAGGCCGUGGAUGGGGACGAGCAGUGGAUCCUGGCCGAGGUGGUCAGUUACAGCCAUGCCACCAACAAGUAUGAGGUAGAUGACAUCGAUGAAGAGGCAAGAGGAGUGUCCAGGCCAGGGCUGAGGCAUGACCUGGGGCGGCUAACAGCUGGGAAGAGGCAUCCCCACCCAGCCACAGUGGAAGGACAACCCCGGGAGCCGGACCUGGAGGCCUUAUUUGGGCGAGGCGGGUCAUGGAACUUGGGCGAGGAGCAGAGAAGAUGGACCCCCAAGGCCUUGUUCCAGAGGGAACAGCUCAUCAUGGCCCUGUAUCCCCAAACCACCUGCUACCACCACGCCCUGAUCCACACGCCCCCACAGCAGCCAAUGGGACCUGCCAGUAGCCCUCCCUCUUCCCUCAGCCCCAAAGGCCACUGGUCCCUUGCCAACCCUGGCAGCCUUGGCAAGCCCCAAGUCAGUGGCAUCCCUUCUGCAGCCCCAGGAGAACCAGCUCUGGAUGGGAAUCUCCUGCCCUGA